AUGGUUAACCUUGUAGAUAAACCCUCUACGGUAGAAAAUGAGAUUAAAGGGGCUAUAGAGAAUGGAUAUAUGCCUUUUCUGUGGGAUUCGUGCUUCGGAUUCAAAUUAAACGGGAUAUAUAAUGACUUUAAUUCGUCUAUCGAUGGAAGUGUUAGCUCAAAUGCAGUAAACGAGGAUACACAACAUGUCUUACAUGUUAAUCUUACUAAUAAAUGUAGUAAAGGUGAAAUUUUAAACUAUUUGAAAGGUAAUCAUAAUGAGGCUAAACCUAUUGCUAAAUCCAGUGACAACAUCAAAACAUAUAAAUCGGAGGGGAUCGGCCAAAAUAUAACCGAUCGUAGUGAAAAAUGCGUUGGGCAUAACUUUGAACAACCCCCAAGAUUUAAAGUGUGUAGCUUGGAAGUUAAAAAAAUUAAAGCUCUUUUGGACAGGGUUAAAAAUGGCAGUGGUGUAUCACAACAAUCUAGACACAAUCAAAUUAUGAAGGAUUUGAUCCAAACCAGCUUAUUUGAGAAGUGGAAUGCAACCAAACGAAGUUUAAUUGCUAUUUAA